CGCAAACAUACAUACGUUUAUAACUUCCAACAUCAGUGUGGUGCGCGUGCGUGUAAAGUGAGGACGUUUCGUCAUGGCAGUCAGAUUGGUUGUGAACAAAUUCUUGCACAAAUCCACGAGUAAAACCGGCACACGAUGCAUGUCACAUUAUCCAAUAGAUGAAUACGUCUUUGGACUGUCAUCGGAACAGCAGCAACUCAGGAGUUCUGUCUUCGACUUUGCACAAAAGGAGUUGGCACCAAAGGCAGCUGAAAUCGAUAAAGAAAAUAACUUCAAGGGGCUCAGAGAAUUCUGGAAGAAACUUGGACAUCUAGGUCUACUAGGAAUAACUGCAAAUCCAGACUAUGGUGGUACAGGAGGAAAAUAUUCAGACCAUUGUGUCAUUAUGGAGGAAUUAUCCAGAGCUAGUGGAGGCAUAGCAUUGUCGUAUGGAGCACAUUCAAAUUUAUGCGUUAAUCAAAUCAACAGAAAUGGUAACGACGCACAGAAAAGUAAAUAUUUGCCAAAGCUAUGUUCAGGAGAACAUAUUGGCGCUUUGGCUAUGUCCGAGCCUGGCGCUGGAAGUGAUGUGGUGUCUAUGAAGCUACGAGCCGAGAAACAAGGGGAUUACUACGUAUUAAACGGAAAUAAGUUUUGGAUCACAAAUGGCCCCGACGCUGAUGUUUUAGUGGUCUACGCUAAAACAGAUCUUACAAGUAAACCACAACACGGAAUCACGGCAUUUUUAAUUGAAAAAGGCUUUCCGGGUUUUACAACAGCGCAAAAAUUAGACAAACUCGGAAUGAGAGGAUCUAACACAUGUGAAUUGGUAUUUGAGAAUUGCAAGGUACCAGCUGAGAACAUUUUAGGGGAGAAAAACAAAGGUGUUUACGUGCUUAUGUCAGGAUUAGAUUUGGAACGGUUAGUAUUAGCCGCGGGUCCAGUUGGGCUAAUGCAAGCCGCUGUGGACGUCUCUUUCGAAUAUGCUCACACGAGGAAACAAUUUGGAAGAAACAUUGGAGAAUUUCAGUUACUACAGGGUAAAAUGGCGGACAUGUAUACAACCUUGAGCGCUUGCCGAAGCUACCUAUACAGCGUAGCUAAAGCGUGCGAUGAGGGUCACGUCAAUAGCAAGGAUUGUGCCGGCGUCAUCCUUUAUUGUGCGGAAAAAGCAACGCAAGUGGCUUUGGACGCCAUACAAAUUCUUGGUGGAAAUGGUUACAUCAACGACUACCCAACAGGCAGGUUACUUCGUGAUGCGAAGUUGUAUGAGAUUGGUGCUGGCACAUCUGAAGUUAGGAGAAUGCUCAUUGGCCGAGCAUUGAACAAUGAAUAUAAAUAAAAGCAUUUUAUUGGAUAAUAAAUUAUAUUUUAUUACACACUUAGUUUCGUAUAAUACAAAUGUAUGAUCUAUUUACACAUAUUUACUGACAAAUUAAAGCUUAUAUUAUUAUA